AUGUUUAUGGGAAUUACUGUGUUUGUAGAUGGACUAUCGGCCCACACCCUACAACAAGGGAUCGACUCAUACAAUAAUGGAAAGAAACCUGACAGGAACAUUAUCGAUGGCGAAGACGCAGAUCCUGGCGAGUUUCCGUAUCAAGUCCGAAUGUUAAGAGAUGGAUUCUUCUUCUGUAUGGGGACAAUUCUUGACGAAACGACAGUGCUGAGUGCAGCCCAUUGCUUUAAAGACGGAAUCGAGGGCUUUACUCUACUCAGUGAAGGGACGAAAUACCAGGCUGUGGCCGGAGAUUGGGACAUAAGAAUCGAUGAAGGAACAGAACAGUUUUCAAACAUCACAGGAGUUGCUUUGCAUCCAAGGUACAACUCAGCUGACAUGAUGAGCUUUGACGUGUGCGUCCUGAAGGUGGAAACACCGUUUGUGUUUAAUGACUUUGUAGCUCCAGUGAAACUUGUAACAAACAGGGAACUAGAACAGAGGGUUCGACGUCAGAAUGAGUGUUACAUGGCAGGCUUCGGGUUUGCUAGUCUCGAUCCUCUCAUUCUUCCAAACAUUCUCCAAAAGGUGAAGGCAAAGAUUUAUCCAAGAAAAUUUUGUGAUUAUUUUCCAUACGAGGGACGCUGGAAAAGCAAUGUGCUUUGUGCCUUCGCCCCGCCGAAAACGGCUUGCUUUGGCGACAGCGGAGGACCAUUGCUAUGUAAAACAGCCAAGGGGCAGCAUGUGCAAGUCGGGAUCAUACAGUUCGGUCGUUGUGGGUAUUAUUCGGGAAAUGCUAGAAUCUACUCGAGUAGGGAAUUUAUUAUGGAGCAGAUGAAAAAAGAAACUCUUCCGUAA